AUUAAGGAGUCAUAUAAUUUGACCAAAAAAGAUAAAAGUCAAAUUAUGGAAGAGGCAUUUUUACUUAUAAAAAAGCAAAAUAAGGAUCUCAUAUUCUUAAUUUAUUCAACUAAUCCAUUCAUUUUUGUGUGUGUAUAUAUAUAACACAUCCUUGCUUGUUCCAUUUCUAAGCCAGUUGGUAGUUUUUCACAUAUAUACGACCUUGAAGAUUAAAGAUGAGGUUCUUGUUGAUGAGCAUGACGUUGGUAUUAAUUGUGACGUUUGGGGAAGCAUUUAGUGAUAGAUGGAGCAGAGAUGAGAUGGUGGAGAUGGCUGGCUACGGCGAACAAAAACUCUCCUCUGUUCUUCUCACCGCCUCUCUUCUCUCUUCCUCCUCCUCCCCUAUUCAUGGAGCUACUAUUGGCUUCAAGUGCCAUACUGGACAUAGGAGGAGAUCUAAAUGGAUCAAAGCUGUGACAAAUGAGUUGGGGCAAUUCGUCAUCGAUCUUCCUUCUCACCUCCACGCGAUUCCUGACUUAGACAAGGCUUGUAUCAUUAAAACACUCUCUGUCCCUAAACCGUAUCGAUGCUCUUCCAAGAUUCACAGAGGUAUUCAACUCCUCUCCUCUUCCAACGGCUCUCGUGUCUAUACAGCUGGAAAUAUCACCUUACAAGAGAGCACCAUGUAAAAGAGACUGUAAAUUAAUCUUGCUAGGAAAGAUCAGUCCUGACUUUAUUUCUAUAUGGUUCCUUCUCACUUCUUGUGAGAAAGAGAGAUAGUCUUUGUAAAUCUUGUUCUUCAUGCUCUUCUUGUAUAUAAUAAAAUUUAUGUUUUCUUCAAGCUUGGAUCUUCUUGCUACUACAGAGAUCAUACGAUCCUGUAACUGAUUAUGAUAUAUAUAUUAGAUGCAAAGUUUG